AUGCCGGGCCCGUUCUAUAUUCGCGACGCUGCUGCAUCAUCCCACGAUGCUCAGUUCAUCAUCGACGCAUUCGACUCGACAAUCCCUCACCUCACCGCCGCUGGAAACGCGGGCCAAUGGGGCUCGGAGCUGUUCUCGAGAAACCCCGGCUUUGGCCAGGCGAUUCGCGAUGCCGUUGCGCAGUCGGAGAACUUCCGAGACACUGGCCACGGUGAGCGGGUGAGGAUCCUCAUCGCCGAAAUCGAAGACGACGCUACCGGGACCCUGGGCGACGGACUGGCCCGGCGAGUGGAUGAGCUGGGAAAGACGUAUGUUUCGGUUGGAGCCGUCAAGCUUCGAGACGACCACUUUGCUUCGCAUAUCUUAUCCCCGAAGAACCUGCAGCCCCACGUCGCUGCCGCAAACGAGGCCGGCAGUUUUGUCUUCUUAGAUGUCCUCGUUGCGGACUAUCGAGUCGAUCAGAGACGCAAGGGAGUGGGAGUGGCGCUAGUAAACGAGGUCAAACAAUAUGCUAUAGAACAUGGGAAGAAUACUAUUUGGGUUGACUGCUGGACGGGAGGGACUGGUAGGUUGGUUGGAUAUUACGAAGACAUGGGGUUCAAGCCUGUUGACAGCUUUGAGAUUCCCUCAAGGAACAACACUAUGUGGCAGGGGAAGCUAUUUCGGAUGGACCUUGCUUGA